AUGGGUUUCUAUAGAAAUUUAUUGGGUUUUAUAACUCUGUUUGGCUUUUUGCAAUUAACCAAGCAGCACUGUUAUGUGAUGAAAUUGGUGGGCGUUAAGUCGUGGGACACGCCCAACUAUGGCCUGAAGAUCAACAUGUUCGAGAAGAACAACUCGAUGUCCUCGGUGACCACUGUGCGCCAGGACGUGGCCAUUCCCCUGUGGCAUCUCGUCCUGCUUCAGCAUCCGCGAAAGCGGAGCUCCGCAUCCGCCAGUCGACCGGAAUUGCCGCGAACCCUCUACAAUUCGACGACGAAAACCUGCGAUUUCUGGAAAUACAUCCGUCACGUCUCCGCCUGGAACAACGUGGCCAAGCUGAUGCUCUCGCAGGGAGCCAGCAACAUGAGCCUCGCCUGUCCCCUGAAACAGGGCGUAUACGUGAUGAACCGCAUCCAGGUACCGCCGGACACGGCGAUCCUGAAGUUCAUGUACCACCCGAACACAAUCUACACCCUGGAGGGCAGUGUCUACGCCCUGAAUCCCAAGGACAAGAUCAGCAAGAGGACCCUGUGCCACUACGAGGUCAAUGCCACUAUCUAUAAGUCUUGUUAAAGAUCUCCAGUGAUUUAAAACCACUUGAAAACCUGUCCUACGAAGUACUUAACUUCAGAAAGAAAUGCAAUUAUUCCUUUUUUUUUAGUCUACUUAAUUUGUUUUGAGGUUAUAGGAUAUAGUACAAUAAGUAAAAUUAAUUUUUUGAUUGAAUUUAUUUGUUUUGCGGUUCUAGAAUAUAUUAUAUUACAAAAUCAAUUCUCCUUUUACGACAAACAAAUUGAUAAAGCACAUGUUUAAGAUAGUAUU